GGGGAUUCGCACGCUAUGGCACCACCUGAAGUUGGAGGUGAUUCGAAAGACAAGCCACAAUCGUACCGUAAAUCGAAACUCCAAGGAAGAUCUUCGCAAAGCAGUGAAAGUAGGGCACAGAUGAAUGCAGCAGCGAGCAGUGCUGGUGAGCAGCAGGUACCAGUGAAGGGUGAGCAGGGAGCACAUAAACCCGGCGCAACGCAGCCAGAAAUAAUAGGUCUGCCUGGCGAGAUGAUGCAGCCCACCGAUAGGACUGGUCACGGUGUGCAGUUUACGCCUCAACAUCAGCAGUACCGAUAUGAGGUAGAAAUUGACGAUACGAACGAUAGGAAUGUUGCAAACCCUCACGACCCUCACCAACAGCAACAAGAACUACAUCAUUACCCUCGGCCACGAGAGCCACCGACGCCUUCUAGGUCGCGCUUGCACCGGCCACCGCCUGCGCUUGACGCGCUGGCGCGAGAAGCAGCAGUAGACUGGUCUUCCGCAGGCGCUGAUUGGAUUAGAAAGCAGAAAACAGCGCUGUUGUUUGCUCUUCUGGAC